UUCAAUCAGUUUCAGUUUGAGUUUGAGUUCGGAGUUGUUUCAGAAUUUGUGAAUUUGAGGGAAACGGUCAUAAUGGUGUAUCUUAUAAUUUAAAUUUUAUUGUGUGUUUGUGUUAUUUCAUGUAAUCAUUCGUGUAUUGAAACAAUUUUUUAACUUCAAUGCUUGUAAUGAAUAAUAUGAUUGGCGAUAUUGUGGGGUUAACCCUGUUCCAGUGAAUCAUUCUGUUGCUGGUUCAUCAAAAUGUCUCGAAAGGACAAAAACAUGGGAAGCGGAGGCUUUCUGGAAACCCUGUUCCGGCCGAAGAAGACCGGCUUCAGGAGUGGUUCUAGUCAGCUUCCGAGGCCUCGGUCGGAAACCGAUUUCAAUGAAACCGACGAACAGGUCGAGCAAAUUGAACAUCUCGACGAACAGUCGCUCAACAUAAAAUUCGAAGAGAUGUUGGAUGACAUGAAUUUAUCUGAGGAGAGAAAGGAACCUCUUAGAGCUCAACCCACUAUGAAUAAGAAGAAAAUGCUCAUUAAUCAUUAUAAGGGCCUAGUGCAAGAAAAUAGAAACAAAUUCGACAAACCGGCAGAGUACAUUCAGUACCUUUCAACUCCGGACCUUAGUGUAAAUAAGAUGUACAACUGUAUAGAAUCGUUGAGAAUCGCCCUAACUAACAAUCCAGUUAGUUGGGUGCACGAGUUUGGCACAACGGGUUUGAAGCAGGUCUUAUCUAUAUUGAACGAGUGCUAUCGGAAUGACAGCCGCUACGACCGGAUACAAUGCGAGUGCCUGCGAUGUCUGCGAGCGAUCAUGAACAACACAGUAGGUCUGAAGCAGAUGUUCGGCCAGAAAGAAGCGUUGACGGUUGUGGCCAGGUCGCUGGAUCCGUCCAAGCCGUCCGUCAUGCUGGAAGCCGUCAAGAUGCUGGGUGCCGUCUGCCUGGUGCAUGACUGGGAGGACGAUGGGUUCUCCGGUCACAAGAAGGCCAUUGAAGCGAUUACCAUGAGCGGCGAACUCAAGGGCAGGGAACGUUUCACGCCCGUCGUCCAGGGACUCAUGAUCCAUGGCAACGAACCCCUCCGGGUGGCCUGUCUACAGCUCAUCAACGCCAUAGUAUCCACGCCCGAUGACAUGGACUUCAGACUGCAUCUCCGCAAUGAGAUCAUGCGCUGUGGACUCAUGGAUAUUCUCGAGACUUUGGAAAAAGACGCCAGUGAAGAUCUUGAGAAGCAUUUGAAAAUCUUUCUAGACCACAAGGAAGAGGAUUACUACGAGUUCAUUCAGAGGUUUGACAAUGUGAGGCUGGAACUGGAUGAUGUCAACGACUGUUUUGAAACAGUCAAAAACCUUGUGAUGGAUACCCCUGCGGAACCCUACCUACUUUCAGUAUUACAGCAUUUACUGUUCAUCAGAGACGAUUCCGUCAUAAGGACUGCAUAUUAUAAGUUGAUAGAAGAAUGCGUCUCUCAAAUAGUACUUCAUAGAGGCGGAUGUGAUCCAGAUUUCCGAGCCACAAAGAGGUUCCAAAUAGAUGUCCAGCCAUUAAUUGAUACUCUAGUCGAAAAAUCAAAAGUCGAAGAAGAAAGACGAUUAGAAGAAGUUCUUCAAAAGCUUGAGGAAGCUUUAGCCAUGAGACAGGAGGCUGAGGCAAAAUUAGUUCAAGCCGAAAAGACGAUUUCUGAACUUCAGGCCGGCGGUGCUGUCAAGAAACCUUCCGGCUCAGGAGGUCCCCCACCCCCAGCACCUCCUCCACCGCCUCCAAUGCCGAUGUUCCGGCCACCAGCCCCUCCAGGCGCCUCCAACGCACCCCCACCUCCGCCCAUGCCAGGCAUGAUGGGUGGUCCCCCUCCUCCUCCGCCGCCUCCUCCGAUGCCGGGCAUGGGAGGACCACGACCUCCUCCACCUCCUCCUGCCAUGGGCGGUUUUGCUGUGCCCAUGCCCCCCAAACCCCCCGAUGUCCUGCCGCACGGCAUGAAACCCAAGAAGAAGUGGGAGGUCGAGGGACUCAAACGCGCCAACUGGAAAACGAUCGUACCUCAAAAGCUAUCGGAGAAAUCCUUCUGGGUGAAAGUACAAGAAGAAAAACUAGCUUCACCAGACAUCCUCAAUGGUCUAGUAGCCAAGUUCUCAUCGAAACCAUCCUCAAGAAGAUCCGAUGAUGUGAUUGACAAAGGAGGCACACUGAAGAAGGUCAAAGCCCUUCGCGUGUUGGAUGGAAAAUCCGCUCAAAACCUGUCCAUAUUGCUAGGCGGAAGUCUGAAGCAUCUAAGCUAUAAGGACGUGAAGAGGUGUAUAUUGAGAUGCGAUUUCAAUGUGCUUUCUGCCAGUAUUCUCGAUCAGCUGAUCAACUAUCUGCCUCCACCUGAUCAACUCAAGCGACUCAUCGAGUUGAACGUUGAUUACAACCAGUUGACUGAGGCUGAACAGUUUGCUGUAACGAUUGCGGAGAUAAAAAGGCUUCUUCCAAGGCUGAAAUCAAUGAGAUUCAGGCAACAAUAUCCCGAAUUAGUGCAGGACAUUAAACCGGAUAUUGUUGCUGGAGCCGCAGCCUGUGAAGAAGUGAAACAUAGUCGAAAGUUUACUCAAAUUUUAGAACUAAUUUUACUUAUGGGCAAUUAUAUGAAUAGCGGCUCAAGGAACGGCCAAGCGUUUGGCUUUGAAAUCAAUUUUCUCACCAAGGUAAGUUCUGAAACUAAUCAAAUCAAAUAUAGUUUUAGUAAAAUUAAAAUAAGUUGCAUAGUUUUGACAGAAACAUGGCUGGAGGACGAUGAGGAUGUGGUGCGGCUCCCUGGAUAUAGCGUUUUUCGUACAACUAACAAGUUGAAUCAGAAUGAUGGUUUGGUGAUAUACAUCGAUAGUGCGCUCUCUGUCUCUUGUGAUCAGCUGUGUCUAGGGGGAAUCGCUAACUGCCUGGCCUUGACCUUUACUUUGAAGGGUGUGCCCUGCCACUUGGUGGGUGCAAACCUGUCUAGUGCAAUUCCGGAGCGAGGCCCAGACAUUGUGGUCGAUGCAGUUCAUGGCACUAACUUAACAUUUGAAUUGAUGCCUGUAACUCAGCAGGAUAUUCUUACAAUUGUGGGGGACCUUCGGGGUGGCUCCUCUCCAGGACUGGAUGCAAUUGUUUCAUUUGGGUCUACAUGGGAAGAUGCCUUCGAAAUGGCUGCUAAAGACCUUUUACAGGUCAAGAAGUGGCUUGACCAGAAUAAACUCACUCUCAACGUUGAUAAGACCAAGUACCUACCCAUAUACUCCAAAAUCAAUAGUGCCCCAUCACAGGACCUCGACCUCAAACUUCACUCAUGCGAUGAUUAUAAGUCGGCCACCUGUGGCUGUGGGGUGCGUAACCUGGAAACCGAUCUGAGCAACAGUCGACAACCGCAAUGCGACGAUGAUUUGUUCGCCGAUUCGAUGUCGACGUUCGCUUCAGACGCGAGGAAGCAGUGCGGCCUCCUUCAGAACAUGUUUCGCAAUAUGGAAACCCUAUAUGCCGAGCUAGCUGAGUACUAUGCUUUCGACAAGCAGAAAUACACUCUAGAAGAGUUCUUCACUGAUAUUAAAGGCUUUAAAGAUGCAUUCCGUCAGGCGUACAAGGAUAAUCUUCUAGUGCGAGAGACAGAGGAGAAGUCAAGGCGAGCGAGGGAAGCGAGAGAGAAGGCAGAACAGGAGAGAGCCGAGCGAGCGGCCAGGAAAAAACUCGUGGACAUGACAAACGACCAAACUCAGGAGGGUGUAAUGGACAGCUUGCUGGAGGCCCUGCAGACUGGAUCGGCCUUCACCAGGGACCAGAGACGCAAACGACAACGACCGCCAAGGGUUGAUGGAGCGGAGAGACGAGCACAAUUGAACAGAAGUCGAUCAAGGACUGGGCUCGUGGGGAGGGAACUAACAAGGUAAACCAAUUUUUUAAUUUUAUU